CGCAGAGGCGGUCUUCGCCAAGCCGGAGCGACGGGUUCUCGGGCCGGGAGGGAGGUCUCUCAGCUGUCGGAGCGAGGGGAAGGCUGCCGUAGUUAGGAGCCGGCGCGGCGGGCAGCUGCAGGGGGCCGUGGCGGGGUCCUGGGAGCGGACCGGCGGCGUCUCCUUCACUUCGCCCUCCAGCCGCGGCAGCUACCCCGGAGUCUGAGUGCGGCGAGAGGCUCGAGCAGCUAGCGGAACGCGGACAGCCCUCACCCGACUUUCAGGUCACCCUUUUCCCUGGCCUCGCCAUGUCGUACGUGAUAGAAUGUGAGCGUCCGACAAUGUGUAUUCCUCCAUCAUAUGCUGACCUUGGCAAAGCUGCCAGAGAUAUUUUCAACAAAGGAUUUGGUUUUGGUUUGGUGAAACUGGAUGUGAAAACAAAGUCUUGCAGUGGAGUGGAAUUCACAUCUUCGGGUUCAUCUAAUACAGACACUGGUAAAGUUUCUGGGACUUUGGAGACCAAAUAUAAAUGGUGUGAGUAUGGUCUGACUUUCACAGAAAAAUGGAACACUGAUAACACUUUGGGAACCGAAAUCGCAAUUGAAGACCAGAUUUGCCAAGGUUUGAAGCUGACAUUUGAUACUACCUUCUCACCAAACACAGGAAAGAAAAGUGGUAAAAUAAAGUCUGCUUACAAACGGGAAUGUAUAAACCUUGGCUGUGACAUUGAUUUUGAUUUUGCUGGACCUGCCAUUCAUGGGUCAGCCGUUUUUGGUUAUGAAGGCUGGCUUGCUGGCUACCAGAUGACCUUUGAUAGUGCCAAGUCAAAGUUAACAAGGAAUAACUUUGCAGUGGGUUACAGGACUGGAGACUUCCAACUGCAUACUAAUGUCAAUGAUGGAACAGAAUUUGGAGGUUCAAUUUAUCAGAAAGUAUGUGAAGAUCUUGAUACUUCUGUAAACUUAGCUUGGACAUCAGGCACCAACUGCACUCGUUUUGGAAUUGCAGCCAAAUAUCAAUUGGAUGAAACUGCUUCCAUUUCUGCAAAAGUCAACAAUUCUAGUUUAAUUGGUGUGGGUUAUACUCAGACCCUGAGGCCUGGUGUGAAGCUUACGCUGUCUGCCCUGGUGGAUGGGAAGAGCAUCAAUGCUGGAGGUCACAAACUUGGGCUUGCCUUGGAAUUGGAGGCUUAGUACAAUCGAAGAAACCUGUGGGGAAGGGAUAGCUAGCAGAAGAUUUGGCCUUAAAAUAUAUUUCCAAUGUGACCAGCAGGCUUUUUUUUUUUCUAAGAGGGAUGAUCUAAACAAGGGAUGAUCCAAACAAGAGCUGUAUUUUCAAUAUUUAGACAGUUACUU